AGCAGUUGGGAUAGGUUCGCAUGUGAACCGCGAGUACAGGCAAAACAGAGGGAAAACAGAGGUAAACAAACAUUAUGCCGGUGUGUUUUAGCGCGCCCCCUCGCUCCAUGCGAGCUCUGCUCUUGCCACCGCCGUCACUGUCACUCUUCACUCAUUCACACCCUCCCCUCCCCUCCCAAUCCCAAUCCCUCCCAUCCCUCAGGCCCUGCUGGGCAAGAUGCGCUGCCUGGCCUCGCUGGCCGAGUGGGAGAACCUUUCCAACCUCUGCCGCACCGAGUGGCGCAAGAGCGAGCCGCAUGUUCGGCGGGAGAUGAGCAUGAUUGCCGCGCAUGCAGCCUGGCACAUGGGGGCUUGGGAGGAGAUGGCGGGGUACGUGGACACGGUGGAUAACCCGGAGGCCACAGGGCCGCAGAGCCAGACGGCGACGGGGGCGUUCCUGCGGGCGGUGCUGUGCGUGCGGAAUAACCAGUUUGCGUCCGCCAAGCAGCACGUGGAGCGCACUCGCGAGCUGAUGGUGACCGACCUGGCGGCGCUGGUGGGCGAGAGCUACGAGCGGUCGUACACGGACAUGGUGCGCGUGCAGCAGCUGGCGGAGCUGGAGGAGGUGUGCGCAUACAAGCAGGCGCUGGAGAGGAGGGCGGCCGACCCCUCCGGCUCCGACUCCCGCAUUUCCUUCAUCCAGCAGCUGUGGCGCGACCGGCUGCGGGGCGUGCAGCGCCAUGUGGAGGUGUGGCAGUCGCUGUUCUCCGUACGCAGCCUGGUGGUGCCCAUGGCGCAGGAUGUGGACAACUGGCUCAAGUUUGCGAGCCUGUGUCGCAAGAACGGACGGCAGCGGCAGGCGUACCGCAUGCUGCUGCAGCUUCUCCGCUACAACCCCAUGGCCAUCAGUCAGCCGGGCGCCCCGGGGUACGGCGCGGGUAGUGGCGCCCCGCACGUGAUGCUGGCCUUCCUGAAGCACCUGUGGACGCAGGGGCAGCGGGGGGAGGCGUACAACAGGAUGAAGGACCUGGUUCGGGAGCUGCAAGCCAAUGCCGUACCUCCCGCCGCCGCCGCCGCUGCUGCCACCGCCGCAGCGGCAGCCGCCUCGGCCGCCUCCGGUGCAGGUGGUGGUGCUGGCGCCACCCCUGCUGCCGCCGGCCCCACUGCCUCCCGCACGCCUCAUGCUCCGGGUGUGGCGGGUAGCGGCGGAGUAUCAGCUACUGGUGCAGCUGCUGGGGGUGCUGCUGCGGGUGCUGCGGCAGGCGGGGCGAAGUGGCUGGACAGGCCUCAGGCGUCACUGAACGGUCGGGCGUUCCUGCGGUUGGGCAUCUGGCAGUGGGCCAUGAACGAUAAGCUGGACAACCCGGGUGUGAUUGCUGAGAACCUGGCCUCCUUCCGCGCCGCCACCGAGCACGCGCCCAAUUGGGCCAAGGCGUGGCACCAGUGGGCGCUGUUCAACGUAGCGGUGUCCGCACACUACGGCACCCGCGAUGAGAUGGUGGCGGUGGCGCAUGUGCCGCCCGCGGUGCAGGGCUUCUUCCGCUCGGUGGCACUGGGGCAGGCGGCGGGGGACAGGACGGGCAACCUGCAGGAUAUCCUCCGCCUGCUGACGCUGUGGUUCAACUUUGGCGCCUACGAGGAGGUCCGCGCCGCCCUCACGGAGGGCUUCCAGCUGGUGUCCAUCGACACCUGGCUGCUGGUCAUCCCGCAGGUCAUUGCACGCAUACACACACACAACACGGACGUACGGCAGCUCAUACACCACCUGUUGGUCAAGAUUGGGCGGCACCACCCGCAGGCCCUCAUGUACCCGCUGCUGGUGGCCACCAAGUCGCAGAGCCCCGCCCGCCGCUCCGCCGCCUACUCGGUGCUGGAGUGCAUCCGGCAGCACUCCGCGGCGCUGGUGGAGCAGGCGCAGCUGGUCAGCGGGGAGCUGAUUCGCAUGGCCAUCCUGUGGCACGAGAUGUGGCACGAGGGCCUGGAGGAGGCCUCCCGGCUCUACUUCGGCGAGAGCAACGUGGAGGGCAUGCUUAACACGCUGCUGCCCCUGCACGAGAUGCUGGAGAAGACGGGGCCCACCACCCUUAAGGAGAUUGCCUUCGUGCAGGCGUACGGCAGGGAGGCUGCAGUUGUCCGAGGCGUACGAGUGGUUGAUGAAGUACAAGGCCUCGCGCAAGGAGGCGGAGCUGCACCAGGCCUGGGACCUCUACUACCACGUCUUCAAGCGCAUCAACAAGCAGCUGCACUCCCUCACCACCCUAGAACUGCAGUACGUCUCCCCCGCACUCGUACGCGCCCAGGGCCUGGAACUGGCGGUGCCGGGGACCUACAUCGCGGGCGAGCCGCUGGUCACAAUCGCCGCCUUUGCGCCGCAGCUGCAUGUGAUCAGCUCCAAGCAGCGGCCGAGGAAGUUGACGAUCCACGGGGGGGAUGGUGCGGAGUACAUGUUCCUGCUGAAGGGUCACGAGGACCUGCGUCAGGACGAGCGCGUCAUGCAGCUCUUCGGGCUUGUGAACACCAUGCUGGCUCACGACCGCAUCACCGCGGAGCGGGACCUGUCCAUUGCGCGUUACGCGGUCAUCCCGCUGUCGCCGAACAGCGGGCUGAUCGGCUGGGUGCCCAACUGCGACACGCUGCAUGCGCUGAUCCGGGAGUACAGGGAGGCCCGCAAGAUCCCACUCAACUGGGAGCACCGACUGAUGCUGGGCAUGGCGCCCGACUACGACCACCUCACCGUCAUCCAGAAGGUGGAGGUGUUCGAGUAUGCGCUGGACUCCACCAGCGGGGAGGACCUGCACAAGGUUCUGUGGCUCAAGUCGCGCAACAGCGAGGUCUGGCUGGACCGGCGCACCAACUACACGCGCUCCGCCGCCGUGAUGAGCAUGGUGGGCUACAUCCUGGGGCUGGGCGACCGGCACCCCUCCAACCUCAUGCUGGAUCGGUACAGCGGCAAGCUGCUGCACAUCGACUUUGGGGACUGCUUCGAGGCGUCCAUGAACCGCGAGAAGUUCCCGGAGAAGGUUCCCUUCCGCCUGACCCGCAUGAUGAUCAAGGCCAUGGAGGUCAGCGGCAUCGAGGGCAACUUCAGAACCACGUGCGAGAAUGUGAUGCGCGUGCUGCGCUCCAACAAGGAGAGCGUCACCGCCAUGCUGGAGGCAUUCGUGCACGACCCGCUCAUCAAUUGGCGCCUGCUCAACACCACGGAGGCGGCAACGGAGGCGGCACUGGCGCGGACGGGAGGGGCGGGGGCGGG